AUGUAUGACUCGGACACAUCAGAUUGCUGGCUGUUGCCUGAGGAAGUGCAGUUGAAGGAGAAGUCGACAUCCAUUGCUGGUCCUCUGGGCUGCCUGGAUGCAGAUGUCAAAGCGACCGAGGUCAAAGCGGAAACCCCUGCUGAGAGGUCUGAGCGAGUCCUCGGCAUGUUGGCCAAGUUGGCGAAGCUGGUUGCCGAAGGAGGCGUUCAUCAGCAGGUGUCGCCCUCAAUGAUGGAGGCUGCACAGGCCUUGGGGGAGGAUCUCGAGAAGGCUAGCGACCUCGCGGGGCACAAGUACGAGACCAUUGCAGAGAUGCUGACCGUCGCAACGAUGCUCAUGGACGACGCGGAAUCAGAAGCGAAGUUCCUGGAUGCCGCCAACAUGUUGCCCAGCCGCGGCGACCUCACCUGGAUCAUGUCGAAGACCACUGAUACUCGCAAGGAUCCUGCAGAAGUUGACGGUGACAAGCUUGGGCUCAAUGAAACCAACAUACCCAGCGGGGGCUGUUUCCUGGGUUUCCUUGGUCAGUGUGGUGUGGGCCGUGCAGAUGUCUCCUUCGGCGCGGGCACGCCUUGGACGAACGCGGAGGUCCACUACUGCUUCGACCGGGCCAUCUCCAGUGUCGCGCGCACGGCGGUGGAGUGCGCCAUAGGCAAGAUCCGGCGCAACGUGCCAGGGAUCCACUUCAUCGACGUGGGCUACAACAAGCCGGGCGCCUGCAACACCGCGCCUGCCAUUUUCGUGCAGUCUUCGGCCUCCGGGUGCUAUGCCAACAUUGGCAUGCAAGGCGGGUUCCAAACCCUGCUGGGAAACCAAGUGCUGAAUCUGCAGCACCCUGUCUGCGGCGACUGCGGCACGGCCACCCACGAGAUGCUGCACGCGCUGGGCAUGGCCCACGAGCAGAGCCGGCCGGAUCGGGAGCAGUACGUCUCGAUCUUGUGGCAGAACAUCCGGUCAGGCAUGGAAAGCCAGUUCCAAGUAUAUGCCGGGGCUGAUACAUCUCAGCCCUACGACGUCAUGUCCAUCAUGCACUACAGCUCGACAGCUUUCACCAAGAACGGCCAGCCAACCCUCCUGGCCAAGUCACAGGGUUGCCGCAUCCAUGGGUUGCAAAGUUGCAAGGCAGGCGGCAGAGGGGUGAUGAGCCAGCAAGAUGUCGGUCAGCUUUUCAACCUCUAUGGAUGCACUUCCAGGACUCUUUGCGCCCCUCCCACUCAAGGCAACUCAGUGAUCAUCAUCAUUGUUGUGGUUGUGGUUGUCGCGGUGGUCGCGGGCCUUGCGUUCUUUUGCCUUUGCUCAUCGUCUCCCAGGAACGGAUACACCAGGCAGACACAGUGA